AUGGCGCAAUCUGUGGCCAUGCAUUGGUCUAAGCUGCUGUUGUCUGCCGUCGCCGUGGCGGAGGCUCGACGGAGCUUCCAGCACGUGGGCAAGAAGGAUGCAAGGCCCAAGUCGACCAUCUCGGAGCACGAUAACUUCGCUACGCGAUAUCUAGCUACGCGACAGUUGCCGCCCCCUAGGUUCGCCAAUGCGAAUACUACAAAAUUCGCUGUCAACGGCACAGGUAUUCCCGAUGUCGACUUCGACGUAGGCGAGUCGUACGCUGGGUAUCUGCCCAUCACGGACAACCCAGACGACACGGACGAACUAUUCUUCUGGUUCUUCCCUUCCUCGUCUCCAACGAACACAACCAAGAAGGAAAUUGUGCUAUGGCUUAACGGCGGUCCUGGCUGCUCGUCCUUCGAGGGUCUCCUCCAGGAAAACGGCCCCUUCAUCUGGCAAUCCGGUACCCUGAAGCCGAUCCCUAACCCGUGGGCUUGGAACAGGUUGGCAAACGUGGUCUGGGUGGAGCAGCCCAUCGGAACGGGUUUCUCGCGCGGCAAGGUGACGGCUCGCGGGGAAGAGGACGUAGCUGCUCAGUUCCUCGGCUUCUGGAAGAACUUCGUCGAGACCUUCUCCCUGCAGGGCUACAAGGUGUACAUCGCGGGAGAGUCGUAUGCCGGCGCUUACUGCCCGUACAUCGCGUCCGCCAUGCUGGACAAGAACGACACGACGUACUACGACGUGUCGGGCCUGCUGGUGUACGACCCCGUCCUCGGCGACGACGUCGUCCAGGAGUCCGCCACCACCGUCCCCUUCGUCGACUACCACCACAACCUCUUCACCUUCAACAGCUCCUUCAGCGCCCACAUCCACGGCCUGCACGAGUCCUGCGGCUUCGCCGACUACAACGCCAAGUACCUCGUCUACCCGCCCUCCGGCCCGCAGCCCAAGGGCUACACCCAGAGCGUCAGCCGCGAGUGCCGCAACCUGUGGGAGGAGGUCCUCGAGGAGGCCCUCAGCAUCAACCCCUGCUUCGACGUCUACCAGGUCGCCACCACGUGCCCCUUACUGUACGACGUGCUCGGCUUCCCCGGCACCCUCGAUUACCUCCCCGAGGGCGGGGAGAUCUACUUCGACCGGGCGGACGUGAAGAAGGCGAUCCACGCGGACGCGAGCACCAAGUGGGCCGAGUGCGCGAGCGGGGACGUCUUCGUGGGCGGGGACCGGUCGGACCCGUCGUCGUGGAAGGUGCUCCCGCACGUGAUCGACGCGACGAAGAACGUCAUCAUCGGCCACGGCUCGCUGGACAUGAUCCUGCUGCCGAACGGCACGCUGCUCACGAUCCAGAACACGACCUGGGGCGGGCAGCUAGGCUUCCAGUCGGCGCCGGUCGAGCCCUUCUUCGUCCCCUUCCACACCCUCAGCACGGCCGACGAGCUCGAGUCCGAGCCCGACCAGACCAAGCUCGGCAGCGUCGCGGCCGCGGGCGUCCUGGGCACCGCGCACACGGAGCGCGGGCUGACGUACGUCAGCGUCGACCUGUCGGGCCACAUGGUGCCGCAGUACGCGCCCAGCGCCGCCUUCCGCCACCUCGAGUUCCUGCUCGGUCGCGUCGACAGCCUGAGCUCCGUGCAGCCCUUCACCAUCGAGCCGGACUACCCGCAGCCGCCGGCCGACGCGCUGGGCAACGGCACCGGGCCGGGCACGUUCAGCGCGGGAGCGGCGGCGGCCGAGCAGGGUUCCGGGAACGUGUCGGCUAGCGCUGUGGUCAAGGGCUCUGACGCGGGGAGGAUCCGCGCGGGCUUGAGUGCCAUGGUAUUGGCCGCCGGCGCUGUGGCCAUGGUCGCGAUGACAGAAAUGUAG